AUGCAGAUCACCAACGACGAGACGUUGGAGAUUGUGCCGAGAGCACUCAAAGCAAUGGGCGUGUCCGAUGGCCAAGCCAAACUAUGGCCCGGCACAGGCUUUACAGUCGGUGCUGAAAAUGAGACGGAAAAAGAAGCUGCCGAUGCGCUGAUUGGCUACUUCCUAUUGCAACAUAAGCGACAACUCGGUGGCGCAAAGUACAUCUGGAAGGUGGUCGUGUUCAAAUCUGAUCCUGGUGAGUUACAGCUAUUGUUCUAUGUUGAUGCCGACGCGCACCCGGAGAAGCGUAGAGCGGACAAGGCAGGAGCUGUCAGAUCCACAGCUGUUGGUAAAGGUGCAAGCCGCACAAGCUAUGUAAGGGAGCAUAUUUUCCGAGCGCGCCUAUGA